AUGACGAACAUGCAGAAAGCUCUGUUUAUAAAAGAGAUCGGGAAGCCCCUGACUUUGGACACUCGUCCAAUAUCAAGUCCUAAAGAAGGGGAAGUUCUUAUCAAGGUAAAUGCAACUCAAGUACUUCCUCACGAUACCGCAAGCAGAGACCGUGGGCUCUUCGUUCAAGGCCACUUGCCCGCAAUUCCCGGCCACAACAUCGCAGGUAUCGUCCAAGAACUCGGACAAAAUGUCACAGAGUACUCCAUCGGCCAGCACAUCUAUGGGCAAGGUGAGGCAGUCGCCGUGAUCCCUGACUCGAGUGGGCUUCAAGAGUAUGCGACUUUGCCAAUCAAUAUGUCUGCUCCAGUACCAGAAGGUUUCACGGAUGACCAAAUGGCCACGCUUCCCAUUAACGCUACGACCACCUUCUGUGCUCUUUUUCUUCAGAACUGGUUGGGCUUCCCUGCUCCUUUCUCGACUGAAGCGAAAACCUUCGACUAUGGCAAGGAAAAGCUAGUCAUCGUCGGUGGCGGCACGAAUUGUGGAAAGCUCGCAGUUCAGCUCGCUAAGAUUGCAGGCAUCGGAACGAUUGUAUCUAUAGCAUCUUUGAGCGGAGAGCAAAAUCUGCGAGCAAUGGGAGCAACACACGUUGUUGAUCGUCAUUCGGACGAC